GGUAUUGAGCUGGGACAAUACAAUAUCCCGAUCAAGUUCGGGCAAUAGCAGGUAGGUACCUACUACCUAUUACCUAUAAUAAUCAAUAGGUAGGUACCUAACUUGUGAUUUCUUUAUUCCUCUUUUUCUUCAAUCUCAAGUACCUCCAUCAUCUAAAUCUCCUGGUAUUAGUCAAUUCAAAAUUCAACAUGGCUACCACAUUUGAUAUCUCACCGGAGAAAAGGGCAAGCUUCCGCCAUUAUCUCUAUCGUCAGCUCUUCGUUACCCCUCCUCCUGUGUUACAGCGCGAUGUAAACUUAAGUGGGAAGACGGCCAUUAUCACAGGGGCAAACGGCGGGAUAGGAUUAGAAGUGGCACGUCAACUUCUAGAUCUCGGCUGCAAAGUUAUUUUAACCGUUCGCGACGAAAAAAGGGGAGAAACUGCCCGACAGGAGCUUAUCAAUGGCCGGUCUCUUGCACCGGAAUUUGUCCAGGUCUGGAAACUGGACUUAUCAUCUUACGAAUCCAUCAUAGCCUUCGCAGAACGUGCUAAGACUUUGAAGAGCCUCGAUAUCGCCAUUCUCAGUGCGGGCAUAUUCAAGGUCACCGAGUCAUUCAGCAGCUCGACUGGCUACGAAGAGGGCGUGCAGAUAAACUUCUUGGCAAACAUGCUUCUCACGGUGUUACUGCUCCCCAUCAUCAAGGAGAAGAGAACUCCAGGACAGCCGGGUCACAUUUGCGUGGUGUCGUCCGACACGGCGGCAUGGACCAAAUUCGAGGAGGGAAGUUCGACGCCUGUCCUCCCCGCGUUCAAACGGAAGUCACCCAAUUGGGAUAUGUCAGAUCGCUACGGAGCCACGAAGCUGCUCGGACAGCUAUUUCUCACAGAGCUCGCGAAACAUGUCUCCUCAUCCGUGGUUACUCUGUCCUUCGCCAACCCUGGUUUCUGCAGCGGCUCGGAGCUCGCGCGCGAAACGAGCGGAAUUAUCCGCGUGGCUUACAAGAUCCAGAGCUACAUUCUGAGCCGAAAGAGCUUCGUCGGUGCGCGCACGUUGGUUCAUGCCGUUACAACGCUCGGCGAGAAGGCGCAUGGACAGUACGUCGAGGACGCAAAAGUGCAACCAACGGCCGUUCUCAUGUACAAACCCGAAGGAUUGCGUCUUUCGAAGCAGGUUUAUGAGGAAACAUUAGAUGAGCUCUCAUUCGCGGGCGUCAGAGACAUUAUCGAUCAGGUGUCGAAGGUUAGGUAGUGCGACAGCCGCAUUCCAGGGAAUAUUUAGGAUCUACCGACUUACUUCUAUGCAGAAAUACGGUUAGUAGGUAGUAACAAGGCCAAUCAAUAGUAUACUUCGGCUGAUUGGGAGGCUGUUGGUAAGAUAGGGCAUUUAUCUAAUAUAUGUUGUAAGAAGUGUAGACUAGUCUUUUAAUACUACUUGCCUACCUCCUACCUAA